CGCCGCCGAGAGGGGAUCGCUGGCGCGGACCGUAGCGCUGGGGUCUCUAAACCCAGGUACCUGCCGGCGAAGCGCAGCUACCGAACUCCCACGCACUUGUCCUGGGUUCCUCCAAGCUCUUCGCCUCCGGGCUGGGCGUCCAAACGAGAGUCACACCGCACGUAAUCAAGAUGUUCGUAAAGAUGCUGUGGCCCAUUUUAAAACAAAGCCCGAUUAUUAGCGCUCAGCAGCUCUUUAUUCCCGCGGAGUGUAAGAUGGCCUAUUGCUGCUGACACUCAGCAAGCAAAGGAAGCACACUGGAAUGGAAAAGAAUUCGACUCUGGGGCCAUCUGACUCGGUUUGAGACCCCCCAGUUCCAUUUUUGUCCUGUCUUCAAGAGCUUAGACACAUUCUGGGGCUCGGUCUUCUAUCCUGUGAAAUGGGAAUUACUGAGUGUUUGGUGACUGCUCAUGGAGCGCAGCGGGUUGUAGGGACAGCAGUGCUGUUAUCCCAUGCCUUCAGGACCCCACUUUCCCUUGGUCCUCGGCAGGGAGGCUCCCGGACUGAACUCAUCGCGUUGCCUCUAAAGUGCGUCACGGGCACCGGCCGCGCUGCUCGGCCGACCAGGGUGAAGCUGGCACUCAGCCAGCGCGGGCUGGGCCAGGAGUGCCGGGCCGUUUCCCGGCUUAGGACCCGAGCGUGGAAGGCGCUCAAGUUGCGCAGACUGGGGAGCGUACUUGGGGGCGCCCUCCUCUACCUGCUACGCGUCACCACCGGCCUCCGCAGCCUCCCGCGGGUGGAGGCUAUGCUUUCUCUACGCCCCCCACCCUCGCUGUUUCCUUCGGAGCAGCUGCAGCGGAGAUUUCCUCUCGGGGAAACUACGCGGAUCCUUCCCGGGGCUCCUCGCCCCGCCCCAGUUCUCCGCCCCCUCCCCUUUGCUGGGGAUCCCGGGCUGGGCCGCUUCUGGGAGGCGGAGGCUCCCACAGCCAGGAGGCGGCGGGGGGCAGUGGAGCUACAGGCCACCGACGCGCCCAGCCAUGUGACGCCGCCCUCCUGUCUACGAUCCCCGGGCUCCCUGGGCCCCUGCCGGCGCCCCACCGCGCAGCGCACCAUGCGCCUGGCAGGACGCGCGCGCCCACCGCCAGCGCCCCAGCACGCGCAGCAUCCCGGCCUCCGCAGGCAGGUAGAGCCUCCCGGGCAGCUCCUGCGCCUCUUCUACUGCACGGUCCUGGUCUGCUCCAGAGAGAUCGCAGCACUCACGGAUUUCUCCGGUUACCUAACCAAACUCCUGCAAAACCACACCGCCUAUGCCUGUGACGGGGACCAUCUGAAUCUGCAGUGCCCUCGGCAUUCUACAAUAAGUGUCCAGUCGGCAUUUUAUGGGCAAGAUGACCAAGUGUGUAGUCCCCAGCAGCCUGCCUCCCAGAGGGAAGACAGCUUAACCUGUGUGGCACCUACCACCUUGCAGGUGCUGGACGAGUGCCAGAACCGGCGGGCCUGCCACCUCCUGGUCAAUAGCCGUGUCUUCGGACCUGACCUUUGUCCAGGAAGCAGUAAAUACCUCCUGGUCUCCUUUAAAUGCCAACCUAAUGAACUGAAAAACGCAACCGUGUGCGAAGACCAGGAGCUGAGGCUGCACUGCCACCAGUCCAAGUUCCUCAACAUCUACUCCGCCAGCUACGGCAGGAGGGCCCAGGAGAGGGACGCCUGCGCCUCGGACGCCCAGCGCCUGCCCCCCUUCGACUGUGUGUCCUACUCCGCCUUACAAGUACUAUCCAGGAGGUGCUAUGGGAAGCAGAGAUGCAAAAUCACUGUCAACAAUUACCAUUUUGGAAGCCCCUGUCUGCCAGGAGUGAAAAAAUACCUCACAGUUACCUACGCAUGCGUUCCCAAGCACAUACUUACAGCGAUUGAUCCGGCCAUUGUGAAUCUAAAGCCUUCUUUGAAGCAGAAGGAUGCUGAACAUGGUAUAAAGUCCGACCCAAGUGAAUCAAAAGUUCUGCGGAAAGAUGGAGUUAUUGUUAGCAACUCUCUGGCAGCCUUUGCUUACAUUAGAGCUCACCCUGAGAGAGCCGCCCUUCUGUUUGUGUCCAGCGUCUGCAUCGGCCUGACCCUCACCUUGUGUGCCCUGGUCAUCAGAGUGUCCUGCACCAAAGACUUUCAGGAACUGCAGCUGGGGAGGGAGCACCUGGUGCCAGGAAGCGACAAAGCUGGGGCGGACAGCGAGGAGGAAGCAGAGGAGGAGGACUCCUCGGACUCGGAGUUUCCAGGGGAACUGGCAGGCUUCUGCAGGACUUCGUAUCCAGCCUACAGCUCCAUCGAGGCUGCAGAGCUGGCAGAGCGGAUUGAGCGCAGGGAGCAAAUCAUUCAGGAAAUAUGGAUGAACAGCGGUUUGGACACCUCGCUCCCGAGAAACCUGGGCCCUUUCUACUGAAGACCAUCUGCCUCUCGAGGAGACCACACUUCCUGAAGAGGGAAGGCUCCAAGAUGCCCCUCCAGUUCUGUUUCGUUUAUACCUUCUGUGAAGGAGAAGUUUCCAUGUCAUCUGAGACUGGUGAAGCCAGAAAGCCAUCAAAGGGACAUUUCAAACUGUUUACAGCACCCCCAAAAUAAACUCGGAGGGGAGAGGUCCGUGUGUUCUGUACUUACUUGAGUUCUCGUCUACACUUUAACAGGUCUGUCUGCCAUCAGAGUUCACACACGCCGAGCACUGACAAUGACAGGUACCACCCUGCCUGUUUCUCAUGUAAUAAGUGUAGGUACAAUAAUGUCACGAGAUAGUAACAUUACCCCCAUUUUACCUAUGAAUAGGCAGAAGAUCCAUAGAUAGCAAUUUAAAAACCUAUACUGAUACUCAGGACAGCAAACAAGAGCUCAUGAGAGCUCUUCAUUCCUAACCUUUGUUUACAGCAGGAAUUGGUAAAUUUUUCUUUAAGGACAAGACAACAGAGCUUAUGGGCAUUGUGGUCCUUGUCUCUGCCACGGCUACUCAGCUUAGCUAUUGUGGCUCAAAAGAAGCUGUAGAGAGCACCCAGUGAAUGAAUGUGGCUUUUUCUAACAUAUCAAAAUCUGGGUUUUAUUUCUCACAUGACACAUAUUCUUCUAC